GGACGUGAUUCACAUGAAUUUGGCGUGGAAUGAACCCAAAAAAAAAAAAAAAAAAAGGAAAGAAGAAGGCGGAAGAAAUAGAAUUUCUGGUUACGGUUGGAGCGUCAAAACAUUGUCCGGAACAAGAGAAUUUCGUUGUGUUUCAGAGUUCUCUCUCGCGCCCUCCAUUUUGGUUUUUGACUCUUCAUUUGGGAGUCGAUCGAUUUCGUGGGUCGGUCGAUUUUUACUCCUUCGUCCCCCGAUCUCUCAUCUGCUCAAGAUGGCUAGUGGGUUAGGGGAAUCAACCAGCAGGCCGCCCGAAAGCCCUUCCUUUCCUAGCAGCAGCAAUGGCGAUGCAGGCAACUUCGAAUGCAAUAUCUGCUUCGAUUUAGCCCAGGACCCUAUUGUAACUCUGUGUGGUCACCUCUUCUGUUGGCCAUGUCUCUACAAGUGGCUCCAUUUCCACUCUCAGUCUCGGGAGUGUCCUGUUUGCAAGGCGUUAGUUGAGGAGGAGAAGCUGGUUCCUUUGUAUGGUAGGGGGAAGACAUCUACUGACCCGAGAUCAAAGUCCAUGCCUGGUGUUAAUAUCCCGAACCGUCCAUCUGGGCAGAGGCCCGAGACGGCUCCUCCACCAGAACCAAAUCAUUUUGCUCAGAAUGGGUUUGGGUUCAUGGGAGGUUUUGCACCUGUGGCGACUGCUAGGUUUGGGAGUUUUACACUUUCUGCUGCUUUUGCUGGCCUCAUCCCUUCACUCUUUAACCUACCUGUUCAUGGGUUUCCACAUGCUGCUAUGUAUGGUGCUGCUAGUGGUUUUCCUUAUGGGUUCACUAAUUCGUUCCACGGCGGCCAUGCGCAUACGUAUCCACCAGAUCAUGGACAAGGCCAACAAGAUGUCUAUCUCAAAAGGCUGCUUUUCUUAGUUGGUUUCUGUGUUCUCUUUGCUCUGCUCUGGAAUUAAAAAUAAAUUUGUGUCCAUGAUAGCUUAAUUGCUAACAGAUGCUGCUAGGUUGUCAACUAGUUUGUCCACGUAACUUUUCUAGUCUGUUAUCUGAUUCAGAAAAUCCCCACCUUCACUCUGGUGCCAAGGCAAAAAUGUCCAUAACUGCGUUGUUCACUACUCUUGUAGCUUUCCUUUUUCUCUUGCACCAAGUAUGCUGAGUGCAGAUUCACUGUUAUUUCUUCAGCUUCCCUUAUGUUGUAUGAUCUUUGGAUGUAUCAUGUUGGUGGAGCCAGAUGUUUGUGGCUUUUGUAAAUUCAUUUUUCAUUUUCGUGACAUCCUUAUUACUUAGGACCUCGCUUGUGAGGUCUCUACUGAUUUCUUUGCUUCUAUGAUGUGAAUUUCAAUCUGGUACAUCUUCAAGAUAACUUGGACUAUAGCUUACGAUCGCUCUAUACUUUAUUGACUAUCUUUUGGGACUAGUAGGCUUUGAUCUUUUCCUUGCUUCAUGGUUUUUGUUGUCAUUGCAUAUUCACAUUCCUAUCUUUGGAUGAUCCACGAUAGCGUCUUCUCAUAAUUAGGACUUCCGGAGCAUUUCAUUAAUCUGCUGCAUAUUGACAUUUAGUUUUCAGUUUUUCAACUUAUCAUGGAUGUACUAGUACAGGAGGUUUGUGUCCCUUUUGAGGAAGGAUGAACGUUAUUGUCUCCUACACAGACCAAGAGAAUGUCUUUGACGAGUUAUUUCCAGCCUUCAGACUCCCAAAAAUAUCUUCCCGAGACAGAGGUUGGGCUGUGAAUGGAAGUGUUAGCAGGAUUUGCGCUGAUGAGGAGUUGCUGAGAUCAGGUUAGACAUCAUCUUUUACUGCCUUUUGUAACUGUUUAGGGACAAACCACACAUGAAUAAGUGGAACAGAUUUGUCCUGUUGUAGGGUCCCAAAAAGAUAGUGCGAGUUCCUUAUCAUUGCAGUACCAUAUGCCUGAAUUGUCUGGUAGCUAUUGAAUCUUUCAGUACUGGCGGGUGCCUUUCUUUUGCCUCGCUUUCUUCAAAAACUUCAGCAGCAGUAAUGGAAUGAUUCCCGAGUCACCACUUGCUCCUAGGAUGCCCUUCAAAUUUAGGGAGAGUGGCCCCGUUUGUUCAGGAUUUUUUUUCCAUCUUGGAGCACAUGGGUUGUUACCUGGGUUCAGAU